AUGGCCUCCCGUGUCCUUGUCUCUGGUCUCCCCCGGUCCCUCCCUCCCCUUCCUCCGGGGCCUGCCCCCACCUGCGUUCCCUGCGUCGAGGGGCGGCAGCGCGCUGCUCCUCACUCCUCCGAGUUUCCUCCGACAGAGGCUCCGUUGCAGACGCUUCACAUGGACCUGUGGGGCCCAGCCCGCGUCUGUGGACAGGGUCACGAGCGUUACUUCCCGCUGGUGGUUAACGACUACUCGCGUUACACCGCAGUCUUCCCCUUGCGCAGCAAGGGUGAGGUCACUGAGGUGUUGAUCGCCUGGAUCCGCGCAGCUCGUCUCCAGCUCAGAGAGAGUUUCGGCUCGGACUUUCCUGUUCUGCGUCUGCACUCUGACAGUGGUGGAGAGUUCUCCUCUGACCUUCUACGAGCCUUCUGUCGUGCACGAGGCAUCCGCCAGACCUUCAUGCUUCCGGACUCUCCGCAGCAAAAUGGGAUUCAUGAGCGCCGCAUUGGCAUGGUCAUGGACGUCGCUCGUACGUCGAUGUUCUACCACCCCACCUCGCGCCGUGUUCUGUCCUCCCAGGACGUCACGUUUGACGAGUCGGUUCCCUACUACCGUCUCUUCCCCUACCGCACUGCGUCCCUCCCCCCCGCGCCGCUCUUCCUUACGCCAGGUCCCCCUCCGGUAGACCCCCUCCCCCCUCAGGGUCCUGCCCCCUCAGGUGUGUCUCAGGUAGACGCACUCGACCCUGUCAAGGUAGCUGUUGACUCUGGUGCUGCUAGGGGUGCUCAGCGUGCGGGUGCUGAGUCUGGGGGUGCUGAGCCCAGGGGUGCUGACUCUGGGGGUGCUACGCCUGGGGGUGCUGACUCUGGGGGUGCUACGCCUAAGGGUGCUGAGCCUAGGGGUGCUACGCCUGGGGGUGCUGCGUCUGGGGGUGCUGAGCCUGGGGGUGCUGCGUCUGGGGGUGCGGAGUCUGAGGGUACUGGACCUACUCGUGUGGCGUCUGGCGGUGCUGGGCCUCGAGGUUCUUCUGGUGCUUCGUCCCAGCGGGAGCUACUCUCUCCACAGGAGCUGCGUGAGUGGUUUGCCCGGCGCUGGAGGCGAGCUGCUGGAGCUAGAGGUGCUCUGGGUGCUGGAGGUUCUGCUGCUGCUUAG